AUGGACGGCAAGGAGCUGGAAGACACGUGCUUGGCGCGCAAAGAGGCCCAGCGACGGGCUUGUGACCUUGAAGCCGACCGAGGGCGGGUGAAGAAGGCAGCUCAAAUCUUAGAUGACAAAUGUUAUGUAGCGUCGGCUAUGGCGAACCAAGUUCCAGAUGAUGGACGCUGCAUUUACGUCGGGGGUCUUCCCAAACAUGCAGAGUGGCAAGAGCUGAAGGACCAUAUGAAGACCGCUGGGGAGAUCGAGUACUGCGAUGUGCUGUACAACGACUGGGGUCAGCCACGGGGUAUCGGCUUCGUGCGCUACAAGACCGAAGCGGAAGCCCAGCAAGCUAUUGCCAGCCUCGAUGGCAGCUCAAUGGAAGGCAAAGCCGUCCAGGUGUCUGCGUGGACUGGGCGACCGCCUAACCCAAAUAGCCCCGGGAAGAUGAUGUACCAGAUGAUGGCCUGGUAUGGGGGAGCACAGAAGAGGCUCAAAGUUGACCCUGAGAAGGCCACCCUGGUGGAUCGGGUCAAGAACUUCCAAAAAACAGGCCAGGACAAGAAGGAGCUUUGGUAUGCUUUCUGUGGCGAAGUGAAGGAUCCUGCCCGACAUGACAUAGACAAGCUGAAGGAGUUUGUUGCCCUGCACUCGGUGCCAUGA